GGGACAUGCAUCUCUCACCAACCACUUCCUUCACCUACUCGCCUCCAAGCCCGGAUUUUUCUGGAGAUCGAAAGAUGAAGAAACCAAUGAUGGAAAAACUUCGGCGAAAACGAAUCAACGACUCUUUACUGUAUCUGAAAGAGUUUCUUCUCAAUGUAUCUCCACAACAAAGCUCAAAAUUGGAGAAAGCAGAUAUUUUGGAGUGGACUGUACGCUAUCUAGAAGAGCAGCGAGGCAAUGUCUCAUCUGCUGGAGACACAGCCGCCGUAUACCGGAGCGGUCGAGAGGAUGGCUUUGCUCGAGGAUUUGCACAUGCUUCUCAGGCCGUUUUCGCUUACCUUCAAAUGGCUAUGCCACAUGAUUUCAAUCCGCAAGCGCAACAAUUCCAUCUUGGUCUUGUUCACCAUCUAAAUGCCGCCAUGCCAUCACGAACAGCUCCGGCUCCAGCCGCCGCAACAGCCGUCUGUCCACCUGCUCCAGCACCAGCUCGCGAGCAGCCUAAAUGGGCUCCUGGCACGCCGCCAGCUUCGGACAUCUCGUCCAGUGAAUCUCCUGAGCCCCCACCAUCGUCUCCCACGAAAAGAAAAGAGAGCCGCCUUGAACGGCCACCACAGCUCGACAGAGAAGACACCGGUGAGCCACCUUGCAAAAAGGUUUGGCAGCCGUGGCACUGAAUUCCCGAGUUCCUUCACCCAAAUUCCUAAGAAUAUUUGAAUCAGAAAAUUUCCACCUUAGAUCUCAAUUGCUGACGAGUUCUCCUAUUGUAUUCCUUUUUAGACCCUCAUGCACUCCGGUAUCUUCCAAGAAAUGUAUUCUUUCUCGUUUAGCGAAUUUUUAAUGUACAGAGUUCAUAGCUUAGAAAUGUUAUGGUAUACUUAAUACUUGCCAUCUUAGCUUACUUUAUAUGAGUAACUUAUUGAAUUGUUUAUUUAUUGUUAUGUUUAUCGAUUGUAUUUUUGUUCCAUGUUGGAGCUACUGUAAAUUAC